CCGCCGGAGGCAGGUCGUGUCCGACGCGGGCCCAGGCUCAGUCCGCGACGAACACUGCGAAGAGGCCGCGGCAGACUUCGUGGCCAAGUCGUGACGUUCGAGAACUGGUGCGGCUUACGUGAUUCGUUUGGGACAGUGAAUAUCUUCUGAAGAAGAUGACACUGCAGACAGGCGUCCAAUUUACGUUCCUGCUGGGUGUGUUUGCCUUAAUGCAGGUGCGGGGCGAGCGCGUCACGCAGGAGGUGUUCUUCGACAUUGCCGUGGGAAAUCGCCUGGAGGGCCGGAUCCAGAUCGGCCUGUUCGGAGACGUCGUCCCACGCACAGUCAACAACUUUGUGCUGCUCGCCACCGAGGGAGCAACACUCGACGGCCACUACGGCCGCUACGAGGGCAGCAUCUUCCACCGAGUGAUCAGGAACUUCAUGAUCCAGGGUGGCGACUUCGAGAGGGGUGACGGCACCGGCGGCUUCAGCGUCUAUGGGCCCACAUUCCAAGACGAGAACUUCCGUCUUCGCCACUCUGGACCGGGUAUCCUCAGCAUGGCCAACUCGGGACGAGACACCAACGGCGCCCAGUUCUUCAUCACCACUGUGCGCGCGCCCUGGCUCGACGGCACCCACGUCGUCUUCGGCAAGGUCACCAGCGGAAUGGACGUGGUGCAUCGGAUCGAGCAUCUGCCGGUGGGUCCCGGCGACCGGCCUCUCGAGGAGGUCCGUAUUCGCCAGUCGGGACUGACCAACACCCCGCCGUUCGAGAUGGACCUCAACGACCCGUUCUUGGACUCCACGUUCUGGAUCAGGUUUGUCGUGAUACCCACGUCGGUGACUCUUGCGCUCGCCUACUUCCUGCGACGCGUAAUAAAAAAGUUCGAGGUCAUCGACGCGGCGUACGAAGAGAUUGCGGAGAAGAGGAAGAGCUUGAUGAAGGAAAUCAAGGACGGUGGAAAGUCCAAGAAAACUGAUCUCCGAUCGAAGACGGAUAAGCAGGAACCAAAAAAGGAGAAAUAAUAGUGCUAGGAGCGGGUCGGCAGCGGUGCCGGUGCCUUCGCUGGUGAUGGUGGUUCUGGCUCUGGUCGCCGGUCGCGGGUGAGCACACGUCUUCACCGAACAAAAGCCACAGCCGCGUCUGAAACCUGCGAACAAGACGGGACCAGCAUCCAACGGCCACUGUCUGCUUUUGAUCCUUGUGACCCUGUCUGGGGCCUUUCCCUCCGGCACCGGCUCGCCUCGGCCCCAGCCAGGGACGCACCGUCCUGUCUGGGAUCCCGAGUCUCCUCCAGAUCCGAGCUGGGGUGACAUGAUUCGGUCUCCGGGCUUAGCCGGCCUCGCAUGUGUUAUCAUGUGUUUGGAUUUGUGCUCGUCCGAAGUGCACUGCGACGUGCGCGUGUUCUCGGGCUGGCGCCGGCAUGGGGACGUGCGCAUGCGCGCCGGAACGUGUGUGUGUGUGCUGAGGCUGGCUGGCCGGGCCUCUCGUGUAUGCUGGACACGAAUCAACUGUUUGUGUUGCCGCGAGGAGUCUGCUGGAUGCAGAGGGCGGCGGCUCCGACCAAGCCGGCGUGAGGCUCGUUCAAUGAUGUGAUGAUGGCGUGAGAGUUACGUCACUCCGUACGUGCGACAUUUGUUCGUGUUGUGUGUGACACCAAAGAAGCAGUUGUGUAACCCUGGCUGCACUUUCUGUCGUGCUGCACUAUACAUCAAACACCAGUAAUCUAAUUAGGUGCAUUAUAGACCAGGGGAAAAUGGCGAAUCCAAGUAUUUCUUGGCUGUAUCUGUAUGGAGGUUCUCCGCAGCACGGUUUGGCUGUCGCCAAAAUGAAAUAUGUACCGUUCGCACGACAUUUUUACCGCGCAUUGUAUUAGCAUGAAGGAGUGCGUGGUAAUCAGCUCGCCACCAUUAUGAAUAGUAUGCCAAGGAUUCCGCAUCGUUCGUCACGACCCCGAACAGAUACUUUGUAGAAAAAACAUUUAAGAGUCAUGUUAUCCGGUUAAUAAACGAUCAACUUGAAACAGACCUCUCUCGGUGAACAAUGAGCUUGUGAAUGUCACACCUUAUAAAAGCUGUAUGAACCGGUUUAGCCAAGUUCAUCGGCGUUAGCAAGAACAAGCCAUUUCAACCACCACAUCCCAACGCUCCCCCGCGGUGUUUCAACCCACUCAGCGCCGCACGCAAAAGCUAAUCUUUCCUCCAGACGAUCAGAAACAUCGACAUUGUCGG